AUGGGAGACACGGAUGGGCAGGAGGGGCAGGUGGAGCGAGGGGGACUGCUGUGGCAGGAGGGGGAGGGCUGUGCAUGCAUUGGCCUCUUGGCCUCACCCAGACCUUCCGCUCACUCCCACCACCAUCUCACUCCCAUCACCAUUUCCCUCCCACCACCAUCUCACUCUCACCACCGUCUCACUCCCACCACCGUCUCACUCCCACCACCAUCUCACUCCCAUCCCCCACUCACUCCCACUGCCAUCUCACUCCCAUCCCCCACUCACUCCCACUGCCAUCUCACUCUUAUCCCCCACUCACUCCCACUGCCAUCUCACUCCCAUCCCCCACCCACUCCCACUGCCAUCUCACUCCCAUCCCCCACUCACUCCCACUGCCAUCUCACUCCCAUCCCCCAUUCACUCCCACUGCCAUCUCACUCCCAUCCCCCACUCACUCCCACUGCCAUCUCACUCCCAUCCCCCACUCACUCCCACUGCCAUCUCACUCCCAUCCCCCACUCACUCCCACUGCCAUCUCACUCCCAUCCCCCACCCACUCCCACUGCCAUCUCACUCCCAUCCCCCACUCACUCCCACUGCCAUCUCACUCCCAUCCCCCACUCACUCCCACUGCCAUCUCACUCCCAUCCCCAACUCACUCCCACUGCCAUCUCACUCCCAUCCCCCACUCACUCCCACUGCCAUCUCACUCCCGCCCCCACUCACUCCUAUGAGUUGAUUCGCUUGGUACGAGAGUUCGGCGGCAAGACCGAGUUGGGAAACGCACCUGUUGAUGGCGGAGCAAGAGCGGUCACCCAAGUUCCUGCAGGCACAGCAGCGGCAUACACACGAGUGAAGGAGUUCUACCUUCAGCGUGGAUUGUGUAACCGGAUGGCACUCUCUGAGGAACUCUCUUCCUUGAAGAUGAAGGAAGGGGAGGGAGUGGCUGCAUACUGGGCGCGUGCCGAGGACUUGAGGUCCAAGUACUUGGCUGCAGAAGGGAAAGAGGAGGUUGAGGAGUGGAUGAUGAGGGUACUCAAAGGACUACCUCCUCACUUUGAGAUGCUGAAGGUAGUGCUGAACAACCAAUCACCAUCGCUUACUAAGGAUCAGCUGCUUACCUCCUUGAGGAGCGAGGAGAUGCGGAUUGGUGUCGCACCAAGAUCGGAUGGUGUAGCCACUUUUGGAGCGGGUACGAAAGUGGGCAGCAGCGGCAGGGGAAAUUGGGACAAGGGAGGAAAGCAUGGAGGCAGCGGUAGCAGCAGUGACACCAACUCGGGCAGAUGGGGUCAAGGAAAAGGCAAAGCGGGAGUGCUUGAUUUCCCCUGGGGGUCCAAGGGCAUGGCUCCUCGGGGAUUGGGAGAUGGACGGGUGGUGAAAGCUGUUGGCAUGGGUGAGGUGCCAGUGGUUGGUGCUGGAGUGCGCACACCGUCACUGGGAGGAGCGGUGUAUGUCCUCAGUCUCAUUGACGAUUUCACCAGACGAGUUUGGUCGUUCCCACUCCCCAACAAGGAAUCGGCCACAGUCGCAAAAGUCCUUCGCCAAUGGCAUAAGGACGUGGAGUUGGAGUGUGGGCGGAAGCUGAAGGCUGUUCGCUCCGACAGGGGUGGCGAGUUCUUGGGGGACGCUGUGAAAGCAUGGAAAGCGGAGUUUGGCAUCAAAACCCAAUUGAGUGUCGCAGAUACACCGCAGCAGAAUGGGGUCGUGGAGAGGUGGCACAGGACGAUGGCAGAGGGGAUUCGCACAUUGUUGGUCGACAGUGGUCUCCCUGCUCGCUUGUGGGGUGAAGCAUUGAUGUGGGUCAUGUGGGUUAAGAACAGGGCCACCCACAGUGCUUUGCCUGCCUCCAUCACACCAAUGGAGGCGUGGUCCGGCCAAAAGCCGCAUGUAGGCAUGGCUCGGAUUUGGGGUUGCAUGGGGAGUGUCAUGCUGCAUGGGCAUGAGAAGGGUGGCAAGCUUGAUGCACGGGCUGUCAUGUGUGUCUGUGUUGGGGUGGACAUGGAGAGCAAGGGUUGGCGCAUGCUGGACCCUUCUCUCAUGCGCAUUCGCAUUGCUCGGGAUGUUGAUUUUCUUGAGAAUGUGAUGUGGAAGGAUUGGGACAAGGCAAAGGGAUUUGGGGAGCUUCUGCAGGAUGCAGCUGCGAUUUCCCAACUCCUCCCUCUUCCACUCUGGCCACCCUCAGCAACGGCUGACGACGUUGAGAUGCCACCUUCAUCACGGCCACCGGCACCGCUGAGUGUGUCGGUGCAGCAGCAGCCCACCCCUCUGCAGCAGCUUAGUGGCCCCUCGGUCAUUCAGCGGAGAUCCGCUACACAGGCUACUUCCUCUUCCUCCUCCUCUGGUCAGCGCUCUGUCCCUCUCUCUACGGGUGCCCCUCCGUCACCAGCGACUACCUCCCCACCACCGGUUACGGGUUUGCAGGUGCUUGGUAUCCAGUCUGGUACAGGUGGUGAGGAGGUCGGGGGGGAUGCUGGUGUGGUUGAGGGCAUGCUGUGUUUGGCCAAGGAGGUGGAAGGUGUUGCACUGGCAGGUGUGAGCACCGGUGAUGUCCCACGCACACUCGCUGAGGCCCUGCGUGGCCCUGAGGGCCCUGCGUGGAAGGCAGGCGCAGAGAAGGAGGUAAAUGCAAUGCGCACUAUGGGUUCCUGCGUGGCACCAACACGCAUUCACAUGCGCGCGCUGCACUGA